GUUCAAUCUUUGAACACAUCAACAACAAGACUCAAUAUUGGGAUAUAACUAUUACUUAUCAGAUUCAACAAUGAAGAUGACUAACUUUCUAGUGCUCUCCUUUCUUCUCUUUGCCUUCACGGCAACUUCAAUAUUUCCUCGUGCCGUUCAUGCUGAAGCAGUGAUCGAUGUCUUCGGUGAUGAGGUUAGAACUGGUGAUCGUUAUAUCAUCGGAGCCGCUUCGAAUGACUUUGCGGUCACUUCCAGCCGUAUCAUAUGCAAUUCAGAUGUUAUGUUUUCUCCAAUGAGCGAUGGACUCCCAGUAAUAUUUUCACCAGUUGUAGAAUCCAACGACAGUGUCAUCCACGAAGACAGUUAUCUGAAUGUGGACUUUGAUGCAGCCACAUGUAGGAUGGCGGGUGUAUCAACCAUGUGGAAGAUUGAAUUGAGGCCAACAGCGCGAGGAUUCGUUGUGACCACAGGAGGUGUUGCUGGAUUGAAUCGGUUCAAGAUCACCAAGUAUGAAGGUGGUAAUAAUUUGUAUCAGCUUUCUUACUGUCCAAUUUCCGAACCCAUAUGUGAAUGCUCAUGCGUCCCACUAGGCCAAGUUGUCAAUCGCUUGGCUCCCAGAACCAUCCCUUUUCCUGUUGUGUUUGUACCAUCCGAUAGAGCUUCUAAAAUCGAGUAUAAAAUGAUGUAAGAAUGAUAUAGAUCAGUACUGCAAUCCUGAAUGAGCUAGGGAGCUCGAUUGCCUGCUAUGAUCAUGUGUUGGGCAUCAAAUAAUUCUUGAAUAAAUACGAAGCUCUUUGGCUUUGGCUUUUGCUUGA